AUUUUUGUUGACUGUCGCUCCAGGUUUUAGUGACUAAUCCUAAGCGCAUAUCGAUUGGAACGAAAUUUCCGCGCUUAGUUUGGCUAGAUUUCGGUUUAAAAGUAUCUAAUUUUGAUCCUCUAUUUUCAAGGCCUUUGUGUUUUCAAUCUUCAGAAUGGCGAAACGUGUUCAACCGACGUGGCAAACUCCGGUAUCGGCUCGGAACGAUCCAAAGUUGAAGUUGUACAACAGUCUCACCCGGCAGAAAGAACUAUUCGUUCCGAAAGAUGGGCGUAACGUGAAGUGGUACAGUUGUGGUCCUACGGUCUAUGAUGCUUCCCAUAUGGGUCACGCAAGAUCUUACAUCAGUUUCGAUAUCCUUCGGAGGGUGCUGACCGAUUAUUUCGGGUACAAUGUUCUGUAUGUGAUGAACAUAACAGACAUCGACGAUAAAAUUAUUAAGCGGGCUCGGCAAAACUAUCUGUACGAUCGAUAUGUGGGGAAUGUCUCGUCUCUGGAACGAUUGCUGGAAGAUAACCGGGAGGUGAUGGAUGCAUUCCGCGGAAAUUUAGCCAAAGCGAACGAUCCGGACAAGAAAGCCAUGAUGGAACGGAUGCUGGAGAAGCUGACUGCGUCGGUGGACAAUUUGACUCUGGCAGUCAAAAGUAACGAUAAGGAAAAGCUAGACCUGGCGCAGCAACAAUUCUUGGAUGACUCUAGGGAUCCGCUUUCCGAUUGGCUGGACCGGAGAGAAGGAGGGAAUGUCAGUGAGAAUUCCAUCUUCGAAACCUUGCCUCGCUUCUGGGAGGACGAAUUCCACAAGGACAUGAAGGCGUUGAACGUUCUGGCGCCGGAUGUACUGACUCGGGUGAGCGAAUACGUACCUCAGAUUGUGACCUACAUUCAACGGAUCAUAGAAAAUGGGUUGGCCUACGAAGCCAAUGGUUCGGUUUACUUCGACGUGGCUGGAUUUGACCGGAGGGAGAAGCAUUACUACGCCAAACUGGUUCCGGAAGCCUACGGGGAUGCCAAGUCGCUACAGGAGGGUGAAGGUGACCUAAGCAUAGCUGAAGACCGGCUGUCGGAAAAACGAUCGCCGAAUGAUUUCGCGCUGUGGAAGAGUAGCAAAGCCGGUGAACCCUGGUGGGACAGUCCUUGGGGUCGUGGUCGACCAGGUUGGCACAUUGAAUGCUCGGCUAUGGCUUCCGACAUUUGCGGAGAUUAUUUGGACAUUCACACGGGUGGCGUGGAUCUGAAGUUCCCCCAUCACGACAAUGAGCUGGCUCAGAGUGAGGCCCACGAUAAUAGUUCGGAGUGGGUAAAAUAUUUCUUGCAUACCGGUCAUUUAACCAUAGCAGGUUGCAAGAUGUCUAAAUCGUUGAAGAACUUCGUAACAAUCCAACAGGCGUUGCAGAAGCACACUGCAACUCAGUUGAGAUUGGCGUUUUUGUUGCACUCCUGGAAGGACACUUUGGAUUAUUCCGAUAAUACAAUGGAAAUGGCAGUUCAAUAUGAGCGAUUUUUGAAUGAAUUCUUCCUGAAUGUAAAGGAUUUGACGAGGCACGUCGUUUCAGGACAACCGCGAGAUCAGUUCAAUGAAUGGACCUCUGUAGAAGGAGACCUUCAACAGAAGUUGGCUACGGCAAAAGAAGCGGUCCACGAAGCCCUAUGCGACAACAUUGACACUCGAACGGCGCUGGAUGCUCUGAGGGAUUUGGUGUCGCACAGUAACGUUUACAUUCGAGAUCACAAAGCAAAGCUAAAUGCCUUACUUUUACGAAGAAUUGCCAGCUACAUAACCGACAUGUUGCACGUUUUCGGUGCCAUUCAAGGACCUCGUGGAGGUAUCGGUUUCCCAGUUGGUGGCGGUUCCGAUUCUGGGGAUCUCGAGCAAACCGUUAUGCCCUACCUAUCGGUCUUAUCAGACUUCCGUACCUCGGUCCGGGAACAAGCUCGCGCUCUCAAAGCCACCGAAAUUCUACAACUGUGCGAUCAAAUUCGGGACGACAUACUUCCCAACCUCGGAGUCCGCCUAGAGGAUCGCGAAGGCCAUCCAUCGGCCCUGAAACUGGUCGACCGAGAAGUCCUACUGAAAGAAAAAGAAGCCAAACGGGCGGAGGAAGCGCGCAAAGCAGCCGAAAAGGAACGCAAAAAGGCCGAAGCAGCCGCAGCUCAGGCCGCCAAAGAUGCGCAACGUAAAAUUAACCCCCUGGAUAUGUUCCGCUCGGAAACCGAUAAAUAUUCGGCCUUCGAUGAUAAGGGCCUGCCAACGUUGGACGCCGAGGGAAAGGAAGUUAGCAAGGGUCAGCUGAAAAAGCUGCAAAAACUGCAACAGCAACAGGAGAAACGCUAUCAGGAGUAUUUGGAUUCGUUGAAGGCUUGAAAAGUUUGCCUUUUUCUUCAUUUAAACAAUGAUGCUGCAUUACGCAAUUUAACAUAGUUAUAAUUUA